AUGGCCGUUUCUGAAGAUGAUCAGCAUCCACGGUUUUUCCGUAGCACGCUGUUUGUGAUAAUCAUUGUAUCCAUUACGGCAUUUACAUGUCCAGGGCUAUACUAUGCUUUGAACAACCUUGGAGCAGGGGGAGGAACGAACCCGACUAUCGUUAAUGCUGCUAAUGCAAUCAUCUUCGGCGUCAUUGCUGUAAGCAGUCCCUUCAUCGGGGCAAUCGUCAACCGCAUCAAUCCUAGACUUGGUCUAUUGAUCGGAUCUGCUUUUUAUACGCCAUAUGCAGGGGCAUUGUACUGCGCCGACAAGUUCCAUACAACGUGGUUCUUGCUUUUCGCCGCUGUUCUGCUUGGCUUAUCUGGUGCUUUUUUAUGGAUAUCAUCAGCGGCUAUUCUACUUGGCUACUGCGAAGAAGACAGAAAAGGACUGGCUAUGUCUGUCAAGUUCGCCAUGCAGAAUUUAGGUGGUUGUGUGGGUGCUGCUGUAAGCUUGGGACUUAAUAUCGACCGGAACUAUAAUGGAGGGGUCAGUCGCGGCACAUAUAUCGUUUUCAUGCUCCUGAUGGCCCUAGGGCCGAUAUUUGGGGCCAUGUUGCCUGCCUCUAAACAUGUGCGGCGAAGGGAUAGCAAGCCGGUCGUGGUCAAGAAACAGCCGAAUAUUUUUCGGGAAUUUGUUACACUGAAACUUUUACUUAAGGCACCCGCGGUCCUGGCUCUCAUACCUUUGAUGAUUUAUGUGCAAUGGGUUUUGUCCUAUCAGUGGCAGUUCAAUUACGCCUAUUUUACCGUUCGGGCUCGUGCACUCAACUCCUUUGUGUUCUAUUUCUUGGGUCUUAUCAGUUCCCUGGGUAUAGGUCAGGUGCUUGAUACACCACUUCUUGACCGGCGCAAUAGAGCUAAGGUUGGCUUCAUCAUCUCGACUCUAUUUGGAGCAGCAGCUUGGAUAUUGGCAGAAGUGACGCAGAUGCGUUAUUCCAAAACACGUCCGAGUCUGGACUUUGUUGAUGAACGAUAUGGCCUUGGUGCCGCGACAUUUGCGUUGUGGGGAUGCUCUGAUGCCUUAACGACGACAUAUCUUUUCUGGCUUGUCGGAACACUUACAAACGAUGUUAACGAAUCCGCUCUCCUGGGAUCGAUCGUAGGAUCCACCGGUUGUGUGGGAUCAGCCUUGGCUUUCGUGGUAACAGUCGAGAACUUUCAUUUAGAGGGUGCUUGCUCUAUCAAUCUAGCUCUCUUUUUCCUCUCGGUGCCCUCUCUAUUUUGGGUCAGUUUCACUCAAAUAUCCUCGAAAACAGAAGGGCUAAUGACGGUCAAUUCUGAGGAGGGAGGGCCCGUACAAAAAUAA